UGUAUUAUCUUUAUUCGACCUUGGCCGGCCCAGCUGCACUUUGUCCGCAAAGCCGCGACGCCGGCGGCCGGUGCUACACAUAUUAACAUGUACAUAUAACAUGAUGUACGCCCCUUUUCGUGCAACGAAAUUGCAGUAGCUGCAGGUAACAUGGCGAAUUCUGACAAAAUAAAGAUCGAAGCAGUAGUCAAGAAUUGCGGUGUGUUGCUCGAGGGACCGCAUUGGCACGCUGCUAGCCAGACCCUUUAUUUCGUAGAUAUUCUGGGCAACACUGUGCAUCGCUACCGUCCCGCGGACAGCUGUCAUGAGAAAGUUAAUGUUGGUGAAAAUGCAGGAACCAUCGUCACGACAACAUCGGGCAAGCUUCUCCUUGCCGCCAGGCUCCGUUUCGCUUACCUUGAUUGGUCGACUGGGGCCUUGACAACCGUCGCUAACGUGGAUGCGGAUAAACCCGAGAACAGAUUCAACGAUGGCAAAUGCGAUGCCAAAGGAAGACUUUGGGCAGGGACUAUGGGUCCAGAGGACAAGCCCGUCGAAGUGCGUCGGCGCCAGGGCUCCCUCUACUGUCUGCACACUGACAAGUCUGUCACCAAGCACGCAGAGGACUUGGACAUCUCUAACGGCAUAGCCUGGUCCCUUGACAAUAAGAUCAUGUACUACGUUGACACAUUGACCAGGCUAAUCGAGGCUUUCGAUUACGACCUGGAAACUGGAAAAACAAGUAACCGUCGCCCAGCGGUUAAAGUGGCUGCAGAGGAAGGCUGGCCCGACGGCAUGUGCAUCGACGAACAGGGCAUGCUAUGGUUAGCAUGCUUCAGCAAGGCACAAAUCAUCCGAUACGACCCCACGACUGGUAAGAAACUUCAAACCAUCAUGUUUCCGACUACUAACAUCACCUCAUGUUGCUUUGGAGGGCCCAACUUGGACGAACUGUAUGUGACUUGCACACGAGUUGGGCUCAGCGAUGAAGUCGUGAAAAAAGAACAGCCGUUGGCCGGUUCUGUCUUUAGGGUCACGGGGUUAGGGGUCAGAGGUUUUGCUGGUGCCGACUUUGCAGAUUAAUGGGUUGCAAAAAUGUUGGCGUUGUUCCUGACUUCGGCUUUAAGAGAUCCAGGGCAUGACUUGGUAGUAUUGGUGCAAGGCUGGAUGUCCCUAAUACUGCCGGUCCCAUUAACAAGAUGGAUAUCUAGUCUUGGGAGUUUUGGCAGUGCUACCCAGGAAAUUCUGAACAUUCAUGUAUUCAUGCUAAUACAUAAAAAAAAAAAAA